AUGGCUUUCGUAUUUUAUGCUAAUAGUGGUACGUUGUACACCUUCGAUGUUGAGGUUGCUCUAGAAAGUGUCAGUAAGCUAAAGGAAGAAAUAUUUGAAAAGAUUAAUGUUGGCAUAGCCAAUCAAGUGCUACUCGUCAAUGGAGGACAACUUCUUAAUUCUGCUAAUAAAAUCUGUUUCUACAAUGGGUGUGGCACGGUAGAGUCUAACCCUAUCUAUCUUUUCAACAAGUCGAUCAUGGAAAUGCCAAAUCCUCCAUCGAUCAAGCCAUAUGCAUCUAAUAUUCGCUGGACAGAAGCAAUAGAGUCAGCCUUAAGUUUGCCUAACUCUAUCAAAACGGUUGCAGUUAGGACAGAUCUAGCGUUACAAUUGAGUAGAGAAGACGAUAGGAUGAUAGAAGAAUUAAAGAUUCUGGUUCGCGAUCAGCAGCUGCAGUAUGCUGCUUGGAAGGCGGUUUUCACUAAUUUAGGAUCUGUAGCUGAUUCACUGCGAAAGCGGUUGAACGCUUUUAGCAAUAAUUGUAAUGACUAUGUUAGUAAAAGAGAGAAGUAUUUGACAACGUUAGACAGGCUUGAUCACGUCCUACCAUUGCUUAAAUACGUUCCCGUUAUUCCGAGGUUGUUAUCGAGUAGCGAUAAUGAACUAGAAAGUACCGAAAUGAGCUUAUUUGAUUGGAUUAUUACUCAAGAUGCUGGUAGUAAUUUGAACAGUAUGAUUGAAGAUUGUAGUAGAGCGUUAAAACAUUUAAAUGAUGCCUUUUAUAAAGACCUGAUUGGAGAAAUGUGUGCUGUUGCGGAUGCUGUUAAUAAUGCAGAUAUGAUAGAGGUAAAAGGUAUCGAAAAUCGAUUCAACGAUUUAUCUCAACUAGUUUCUAGUGGGCAAGAGAUAGCCCAAAAUCAGACUGAAAUGGCUCAAGGUUUUGCACAAAAUAACGAUAGAAUUAGUAGUUUAAAGGAUAGUUCAGUCUUGUCCGAUCUUUGGCAAGGCCAUACGGAACAGCUGAAACUUAUGCAUGCUAAUCAUAAAAAAUUAAAUGAUAUUUAUCAACGUUGCUUUCGUUCCAAAACGGAAUUAUCCAAUAAUUUACACGGUCGUCUUCGUUGGUUAAUCGUAAUGGAAAGGAGUAUUUGUGAAUGUGAUAGUAAGUUAGUCAUCCAUCAUCAAACGCUAAAACAUUUGCGUCAUAGACUAUCCAUUCUGGAGCAAAUUAGAUCAUCUCCAGAAGUAUACUUGAGGUUGCUAUCUGAAACUGUGCACAGAUGGGAAUUUUCUGUUAACGUCAUGCAUUGGGCUAGUAAAGUAUAUGAAAAAUCUCAAAAAGAGCUACAAGAAGAAAUUACCCGAAGAAAGCAAUUUGCAGAUUGGAUUGGCAAGCAUUUCUUGUUACGACUCUUCCCUGGUUUAAGCGAGUACCCUAUUACAUAUUCCCAUCAACCACCUAAAACUAUUAAUACUACUUUGCCAUCUAUAUCUCGAGAUGAUUUACAAAGAUUAUAUUAUGAAUUAAAUAGUAAUGCAUUAUCGGAGCUAUCUUUAAAGAAAAUGGCCGAUGAUUUACUGGUCAAACCAUGUAAUUUUAGUUGUAGUGGAAAGUUGUCUCCAACGUCAAAAAGUAAUAGAUUUGAGUUCAUUGCAAUGGAUGAAACCGUCGUACCCACCAAUAAAGCAUUUAAUAAUAACAGCCCUAGGUUGUUUUCUGAUGAUCCGGAUGAUUCCGAACCUUUUAUUUUUUCUAGUAAUACUGAUAGCAUUAAUCACACCCUCUUAAGAAAUGGUAAAGAUAAGAAUCAAAGUCCAAAUAUUGAUGAUACUAUAACAAGCCCACGAAUGCCCGAUGGCCUUGAAAGCAAAGACUAUGAUAGUAAAGUGAUAGCGAAUCGAAUGUUUAAGCAAUGGAAAGAAAGUUACUUAGCAACUGUAAAAUCUGAACUUAAUGAUAUUUUAAACGAGGUUAAGAAAAGUAAACGUGAUAUUGACGACUACAUCACAGAUACAAAUGAGAAGCUAAAUGUUGUACUGGCUUCAUUUAAUGAACAGCAAUCCCAAAUUGUUGCUGAUCGCUCCGAUUGUUCGCCGGACGAUGUCUGCAAUAUUGAUAAUGCAAGUAACGAAGAUACUAUUAAGCUGACAACGUUAUUAAAGGCCGUAGAUGAUAUCAUGUUGGAUAGCGAUAUUAUGCGAGAUAUUUCUAUAAUUACAUCUGACGGCAACGAUAUAGAUAAUAAGAUCGAUAAUAUAGUUCAGGUUAUAAAAUAUUCAAAAGAACAAAAGCUUGAAUCAGCUAAAAUUAAAGAAGAAUUAGCCGCUGUUAAAGCUACUAGAGAACCUUUAGCUAUUAUUGAAAUGCAAGAGAAAUUGAUAGUUAAGGAAAAGGAAUGUGACAGUCUCAAGGAACAAAUUACCAUGCUUUCCUCAUAUCAAGCACUACAUGAGUUAGACAGUAAAGUAUUUACUAAAAAUACUGAUUCCAUGACUUUGACAAGUCUUUCUAGAUCAAUAGGCAAUGCAUUUGUUACACUAAGUGAAUGUAAACGAUCCUGCUCAUCAUUUAUAAACAAUGGAAAUGCAGACGAUAUUACCUCUUUGGCUACGAUUUUAGAUAAGGUAGAAUCACAAGUCAUGACUAUUAGCCAAGAAUUAAAUGAGGUGGUUAAAGAACUCCGGAAAUCGAAUGAAAAUGAAAUUCCAAACUUAGACGAUGAUAGUAAGUCUCCGUCAGCGCUUUCAGAACUAGAUGCACUUACAGCUGAAAAUAACUAUUUAAAAGAGAAGCUGAAUGAGAGAUUUAAUAGCAGCUCAUCAACGACUAAUUUGUCGUACGUCAAAAACGUAGCAUAUUGUGAUUUUAACUUAAAUGAUUACAUUAUUGUGAUUUUAAAUAAAAUAACUCAAUCAUGCGAGAUCUGUACACCACGUCAAAAGUUCUAUUUAAUGCACCCAACGUGUCAAGGUUAUUUUAAACAUUUCAUUGCUGGAGUAGGAAAUACCGGACCGCAAUGGGUAUUGGCGCAGAUAGAAAAGAUGGAACAUUGUCAGGCUAAGAAAGAUAUUAAUCGAUUCAAUGUCGCUAAAGAUGAAAUGUUUUGCCUCAUAUAUGCAAAACCAUGCAGUCUUUUACGCAAUUAG